UCUACCCAUCGGUCGGGAUUUCUUUCUCGGCAUGGCGGAGAUGAUGGAGCUCAGUCUAAUGUCAAAUAACAUUUGUUUUUCACUGUGAGGAGGUGGCGGGCUUUUGCUGUCGGUAAACCAUUCCGCAACCUUCUUUAUCGGGCCGUAAUGGCGGAACGCGGCGUGGAAGUGUCUGCUCUCCCACAAGAAGUCCGGGAGCAGCUCGCAGAGCUGGACCUGGAGCUGUCGGAGGGUGACAUCACACAAAAAGGUUACGAGAAGAAGAGGGCCAAACUUUUAGCACCCUACUUGGCACAAACACAAAAUUUGGCUCCGCCUCCAGCAUACGAUGAACAGUCUCCUGGUCCAAGCUCUGCCCCUGUGCCUGAACCGGGCCCUGGUCCUUCAAACUCCUCUUCCUCCUCCUCCUCUCGCCAACGACGCACACGGCGACGGCACAGGAGCAGUGGAACUAGAGAUGAACGCUACAGAUCUGAUAUUCAUACAGAGGCGGUUCAGGCAGCACUGGCAAAGCAUAAAGAGGAAAAGAUGGCACUGCCCAUGCCAACCAAACGUCGUUCUGCUUACGUACAGUCACCGAUUGACAACUGCACACCGCCAGACUCCUCCUCUUCUUCCGAUGAUGAGGCGGUGUCCAGUGAAAGUGCCGGGCCACAGCAUUCUCCAGACACCUGGAUUAAUAGUUCUCUUCACGCCUCCUCCACUUCCUCCUCUGCAUCCUCAACUCUCUCUCAUGGAGAGUCUCGCCCUGCCCAGGCCGCCCAGUCUCAGCAGGCUCCGCCCCCACCUGCAUUCGCUCAUCCGCCCCACUCGCAUUCACAGCCCUCCGCUCUUGCUGAAGCCUUUGCUGCAACACGUAUUGACCCAGGAGGAGGAGUCGGGCCCCCUGACGUGCCAUCCCAAGCUCAGGCCAGAGGCUCUCGUGUGGAUCUCCCUACCAACGCUGUGGUGCGAGGAAUGAGUCGAGGACAGAGCCGGUCCAGCAUGAUGGAGACAGCAGACGUGAGAAGAGUAGGCAGAGGUGUUCCUGUGUCCAGUCGCGUCUCCACAAAGAUCCAACAGCUGCUUAACACACUGAAACGACCAAAGCGGCCAGAACUCAGUGAGUUCUUCAUGGAUGACCAGGAGGAGAUUGUAGAAGUUCCUCGGGCAGAUCCUAACACCCCUAAACCAGAAGGUCGACAGAUUAUCCCUGUGAAGGGGGAGCCAUUGGGUGUAGUCAGUAACUGGCCUCCUGCACUUCAGGCGGCAUUAGCUCGAUGGGGCGCCACACAGGGCAAAAGCCCCGCCCUCACUGCUCUGGAUAUCACAGGGAAACCGCUCUAUACUCUUACAUAUGGUAAACUGUGGAGUCGUAGUGUGAAGUUGGCUUACACUCUCCUCAACAAACUGGGAACCAAAAAUGAGCAGAUACUCAAACCAGGGGAUCGGGUGGCGCUGGUGUAUCCUAAUAGUGACCCUGCUAUGUUCUGGGUUGCGUUUUAUGGCUGUUUAUUGGCUGAAGUCAUUCCCGUACCCAUCGAAGUUCCACUAUCACGAAAGGAUGCCGGGAGCAGUCAGGUUGGUUUUUUGUUAGGUAGCUGUGGUGUGGGACUCGCCCUGACCAGUGAGAUCUGUCUGAAGGGUUUACCGAAAACACCCACUGGAGAAAUAUUGCAAUUUAAAGGCUGGCCCAGGUUAAAGUGGGUGGUGACGGACUCCAAAUACCUCACCAAGCCGUCAAAAGACUGGCAGCCGCAUAUACCGACAGCCAACACGGACACAGCAUACAUAGAGUAUAAGGCCAGUAAGGAAGGCACGGUGAUGGGUGUUGCGGUUUCAAAGGUUGCCUUGUUAACACAUUGCCAGGCACUCACUCAGGCCUGUAACUACUGUGAGGGCGAGACACUGGUGAAUGUUUUGGACUUUAAGAAAGACAUGGGUUUGUGGCAUGGAGUUCUCACGAGUGUGAUGAACCGAAUCCACACCAUUAGUGUCCCAUAUGCAGUAAUGAAGGCCUGUCCGCUCUCCUGGGUUCAGCGAGUUCACAUACACAAAGCGCGAGUUGCUCUGGUGAAGUGCCGUGACUUGCACUGGGCGAUGAUGGCUCACAAAGAUCAGCGAGAAACCAGUCUGGCCUCCCUGCGCAUGCUGAUCGUCGCUGAUGGAGCCAAUCCCUGGUCAGUCUCAUCAUGUGAUGCAUUUUUGAACGUAUUCCAGGCUCAUGGCCUAAAGCCGGAGGUCAUCUGUCCGUGUGCUACAUCACCUGAAGCCAUGACGGUUGCCAUACGCAGGCCUGGGGUCCCUGGUGCUCCUCUACCAGCAAGAGCCGUUUUAUCAAUGACAGGUCUGAGUCAUGGGGUUAUUAGAGUCAACACUGAAGAUAAGAACUCUGCUCUUACUGUACAGGACGUGGGACAUGUCAUGCCUGGAGCAUUGAUGUGCAUUGUGAAACCGGAUGGGCCGCCCAUGUUGUGUAAGACGGAUGAGAUUGGAGAGAUCGUUGUGAACUCUCGUGCCGGCGGAACCAUGUACUACGGCUUAUCUGGUGUUACCAAAAACACCUUUGAGGUGAUUCCAGUCAACGCUAGCGGUGCUCCAAUUGGUGAAAUCCCAUUUGUGCGAUCCGGUUUACUGGGGUUUGUCGGACCGGGAAGUCUGAUAUUUGUGGUGGGUAAGAAUGAGGGCUUGCUAAUGGUUAGUGGUCGUCGCCACAACGCUGAUGAUCUAGUGGCAACGGCGCUCGCGGUGGAACCGGUCAAGACUGUGUACAGAGGCAGGAUCGCUGUCUUCUCAGUGACUGUGUUUUUCGAUGAGAGGAUAGUAAUCGUAGCAGAGCAGAGACCUGAUGCCAGCGAGGAAGAUAGCUUUCAGUGGAUGAGUCGAGUCCUGCAGGCAAUUGACAGUAUUCAUCAGGUGGGACUGUAUUGCCUUGCUCUGGUUCCUGCUAACACUCUACCCAAAACUCCCCUGGGUGGCAUUCACAUCUCCGACACUAAGCAGCUUUUCCUAGAGGGGGCGCUGCACCCGUGCAACAUCCUCAUGUGCCCUCACACAUGUGUCACUAACAUGCCCAAACCACGCCAAAAACAACCAGUCGGUGUUGGACCUGCGUCCAUCAUGGUGGGCAAUUUGGUUGCCGGGAAAAGAAUUGCACAGGCUGCGGGCCGGGACUUGGGGCUGAUCGAGGACCAAGACCUGGUCAGGAAGCUGUGCAUGUGGCCUACGAUGAUGCAUCAGUACCUUACAGAGGCUUUACAGUGGAGAGCGCAAACAGACCCUGACCACACACUUUAUGUGCUGUUAAAUGCAAAGGGAGUGGCUGUGUGCACAGCUACAUGCGUUCAGCUUCAUAAAAGAGCAGAGAAAAUUGCUGCUGCUCUUAUGGAGAGAAGUGGUAUCAAUAUCGGAGAGAAUGUGGUGCUUUUGUAUCCUCCAGGUAUAGACCUGAUCGCAGCGUUUUACGGCUGUUUGUACGCUGGCUGUAUUCCCGUCACCGUGAGGCCUCCACACCCGCAGAACCUCUCUGCCACCCUGCCCACCGUCCGCAUGAUCAUCGACGUCAGUAAGGCUGCCUGCAUUCUCACUACUCAGGUUUUAACAAGGAUUCUCAGAUCUAAAGAAGCAGCUGCCAGUGUCAACAUAAAAACAUGGCCCAUCAUAAUAGACACAGAUGAUCUGCCUCGCAAACGACCCCCAACAAUCUACAAACCCCCUAAUGCAGAGGUGAUCGCCUACCUGGACUUCAGUGUCUCAACCACAGGAAUGCUGACAGGGGUGAAGAUCUCUCACGCAGCGGUGAGCGCUUUGUGUCGCUCUAUAAAGCUGCAAUGCGAGCUCUACUCCUCACGCCAGAUCGCCAUCUGCCUCGAUCCGUACUGCGGACUCGGAUUUGUGCUCUGGUGCCUCGCGAGUGUGUACUCGGGUCACCAGUCCAUCCUGAUUCCUCCUAUGGAGCUGGAGAGCUCACUGACCCUGUGGCUGAGCACACUGAGUCAGUACCGUAUCAGAGACACCUUCUGCUCUUAUUCUGUCAUGGAGCUGUGCACCAAGGGUUUGGGUGGACAGACGGAGAUGCUAAGGGCACGCGGUGUGAAUCUGUCUUGUGUGAGGAGCUGUGUUGUGAUCGCCGAGGAGCGGCCACGGUUGGCGCUCACGCAUUCAUUCUCCAAACUGUUUAAAGACAUCGGACUCUCUACACGGGCUGUCAGCACCGCUUUUGGGUCGAGAGUCAAUCUAGCCAUCUGCUUGCAGGGUACCACUGGACCUGACCCCUCAACUGUAUAUGUAGACAUGAAGUCCCUUCGACAUGACAGGGUGAGGUUAGUGGAGCGUGGAGCCCCGCAGUCGCUUUCUCUUAUGGAGUCUGGAACAAUUCUUCCUGGUGUGCGGGUGAUCAUAGUCAAUCCAGAAACUAGAGGACCACUGGGGGAUUCUCACCUGGGAGAGAUUUGGGUGAACAGUCCCCACAAUGCAACAGGGUACUACACUAUAUACGGAGAGGAAAAUCUUCAGGCCGAUCACUUUAACACUAAGCUGAGCUUCGGAGAUCCACAAACGCUGUGGGCCAAAACUGGAUACCUGGGCUUUGUCAAGAGAACUGAACUCACAGAUUCCAGUGGAGAUCGCCAUGAUGCCCUGUUUGUUGUGGGCUCCCUGGACGAGACUUUGGAAUUGAGAGGUUUGCGGUAUCAUCCAAUUGACAUUGAGACCAGUGUGUCACGUGCCCACCGCAGCAUCGGCGAGAGUGCCGUUUUCACCUGGACAAACCUGCUGGUGGUGGUUGCUGAACUCUGUGGUUCAGAGCAGGAUGCAUUAGACCUGGUUCCACUUGUAACCAACGUUGUAUUAGAGGAGCACCAUCUAAUUGUAGGGGUGGUGGUAAUUGUUGACCCAGGGGUUAUACCUAUAAACUCCAGAGGAGAAAAACAGAGAAUGCACUUGAGAGACUCCUUCCUGGCUGAUCAGUUGGACCCCAUAUACGUAGCAUACAACAUGUGAGCUGGGCUAUGGCAAACCAGAGGGGUACAAGAAAGGAUGGUUAUAUAGUUCGAAAAUACUUGGCCCUGUUUGUUCAGGGGUAAGGUGUUAAUUUACCCAAAUACAAAUAUGUGAGUUCUUCAAAGGAGGGAUACUAUCGAGUUUCCCUCAGAACACCUCCCCGGCCUUCUCCGGACACUCCCCAAAAUGCCAUAAACACAGUCCGGCCAAUCACAAUUUAAAUGUACUUGAAUCGUUUACGUCACCGCAGUUUUAUUAUUAUUUUAAACAGGCCUAUUUUAGCUCUGUUUGACUGGUGCUUAGAAAAGAUUAUACCCUCAAUUUUUUUUAAAUAUCCAUAGAGCUGAUCUGCAACUGAGCAACUCACCAGCUUAACUAUGGUGCUGUGUGUUACAGGGCUGUAAAUUGUAAGAGGUGGGGUUUAAAAAAUAAUAGGGUUAUCAAAACUCCACCGUGGUCAUUUAGCAGACGCUUCUAUCCAAAGCAGCUUACGGUAUUCAUGCUGCAGAGAAAGUCCUCCAUUAAAAGGAGAAACAAAAACCUGGGGUUAAGUGCCUUGCUCAAGAGCAGUAUGGUAAUAGGACAUCUCUGUAAUAAUUUAGUUAAUAGAAUGCCUAUACCCAGGUUAAAACACACAGUUUAGCUGCAUACCCAAAGCAUUCAAGAUUACACUACUACCAACAUCCAACCCUUCAGAAAGACCACUGGGCUCAAACCACACUUUAUUUCGGGGGAAAUUGCUAACCAAUUUUGCAAUGUGGACUGCAGCUGGACCUGAUAUAUGGAUGCAGAUCUGAUUAGCUCAAAUGUAAACGUUACUGUAAAAAGAUUUAUUCAUAACACUCAAAUUAUUCAGGAACACUAAUGCUUUAAAGGGACACUUCACUUUUUACCGUUUUGGAAUCCAUUCAGCUGAUCUCCGGGUCUGGCGGCACCACUUUUAGCAUAGCUUAGCACAAUUCAUUGAAUCUGAUUAGACCAUUAGCAUCGCGCUAAAAAAUAACCAAAGAGUUUGGAUAUUUUUCCUAUUUAAAACUUGACUCUUCUGUAGUUACAUCGUGUACUAAGACCGACGGGAGAUUAAAAGUUGAGAUUUUCUAGGCAGAUAUGGCUAGGAACUAUACUCUCAUUCCGGCGUAAUAAUCAAGGACUUUGUUGCUGUAACAUGGCUGCAGUAGGCGUAGUGAUAUUACGCACUGCCCGAAAAUAGUUCCCUUGGUUACUUUUAAUAGCAUGGGAAUAUUUUGGUUAUUUUUUUAGCGCAAUGCUAAUGGUCUAAUCAGAUCCAA